AUCUAGCUAACAAAAUGCCAGCAAUGGCCUCGAAAACCGCCUCGGUUUGCGUAGUCUUUUGCUUCUUGAUCUUUGUGUUGCUGUCUCAGAGAACUCUUGCAAAACCUACUGAUCCCCAUGGUCAUCAGCAUGAUUCCUUCAAGUUCAUCCAACACUUGGAGGGAUGCCACAAGGGUCAAAACGUCAGUGGGUUGCAAGAGCUCAAAAAAUACUUCACCAAAUUCGGCUACUUGAAUUAUGAUCACUCAAAACACGCCAACGACGAUGAGUUUGAUGACCUUCUAGAGUCCGCCAUCAAGUCAUACCAAAAAAGCUUCCACUUAAAUGUAACCGGAAGUCUAGACACUACCACGGUGAAACGAAUGAUGGUGCCAAGAUGUGGUGUGCCAGAUGUUGUCAAUGGCACGCGAAAGGGAACCAAAAAGCACAACCGCAAGCUCAAGUCCAUCCAUGGAGUUUCUCAUUAUGAGUUCUUCUUCCCUGGUCCGCUAAGAUGGCCACCUACGAAAACCCAUUUGAGAUAUCGCUUUGCUUCGAGUGCAAGCCAAGUCCCCGGCACAGAGAAUGUGAGGUCUAUAUGUGCACAAGCAUUUCAGAGAUGGGCACAAGUGACCAGUUUCACAUUUGAGGAAGUGCCUGCUACUUCAUCAGCUGACAUUACCAUUGGCUUUCACCGGGGCGCCCAUGGAGAUACGGCCCCAUUUGACGGCUUCAAAGGGGUUUUAGCACACGCGAAUCCGCCUACAGGUGGUAAUUUCCAUUUUGAUGCAGAUGAGAAGUGGAGUGCCAAUCCAGGACCCGAUGAGCUAGACUUGGAAUCCGUCGCUGUGCACGAAAUCGGUCAUCUUCUAGGACUUGAUCACGAUCUUGACCUCCCCGAUGCGAUCAUGUAUCCCGAAUUUUCUUAUGGGAUUGUAAAACGUGAUUUGACUAGGGAUGACAUUGAUGGAAUACGUGCUUUGUAUGGUUUACAGUAGCAAACUUAUCAUUGAUAAAAAGAGCAAGGAAUAAGUUGACUGCAUUCAAGUCCCUUUAAUCAAAGAAAAUAAUGUAGGCUAGGAUUGAUACAACAAGUACGGUUUUUUUAUUAUUUUAAAGAUGAUGUAUUAUUUUUCU